AGAUGAGAGGCGAAGAGUCUUUUCGAAGUUGGUGAUAUUGUAUUUUAAACAUUAUGAUAAUAUAUUUGCUAAGCGAUAUAAUUAUUAUAUAUAUUAUAAUUAUAAUGUAUCAAAAAGCUUUUAAAAAUUUGAUAAUAAUACUUAAAACUAAACUGCCUCCGAAAACCGAAAAUACCUUUUUUUGCCGGAAAUCAAAAUACAAUGUAAUGCUUGAGAAAUAUGAAAUAUGCAAACAAAAUUCUCAAACAAUACUCUCAAGUCAUAGACGAUUGGAAUGUAUUUAACACUUUCACAACUCAAAUAUUGGCAUUGCUAAAUAUACGACGAGAUGAAUACCUACCUAUGAGCGAAAGUAAAGCCUAGACCAGACUAUUCGUGUGCACAAGACUUUGUUUGCUCGCAUUCAUGGAGAGGAGAAUUUUACAUUGUUGAGUCCUCUUGUUCAGUGAGAUAUUGAGUUGCCCUAGACUUAGCCAAAUUAAGAGAUUUAUUUUGUCUGAUGUCUAACCACAGACAAACAUACUUACAUUCCUAAAGCAUUUGUGCGCAAGUGUCUCUUUUCUUUGUCACGUAUUUAAUGCUGGUUUUGUAUAUGAAUUGCAUAUAUCGUUUCAGAGUAGAUUAGAAAUAUUUGUUAAAUAUAAUUUAUCCUGUGGGAACCGAGGUCUGGGAUGUACACUAUUAUUCAUUAUAAUAGCUUAUAUCUUAUUUGCCUUCGCAAUGUAACCGAGGAAAGCUGAAGCGCGCUAAGUGGAUAAUUACAAGCUUCACUUCACCAACAUAGUUCGCGCUAAAUUUUGGACCCAAUGGCAAACGCAAAGUUCGCAAUCCAUUUUCGCAAAAUGUUAAAAGGCGAUUUUUUUAGAAUAAUUUAGUGUUCAAAUAAAAGGUAGUUUUAGUAUUUGAAAGGGUAAAGUACGUCAUCAUCAAAACUGGAGUAUACUUGGAGUGGACAAAAUCUAAAAAAAAAUCGUUACAUACCAUAAUUGAAAAUGUCAAAUCUAUGUAAUCAUUUUGCCCUUGAUAAUUUGUGAAGCUAUGUUGCUUUCGUCAGCACCGAAUACAACCGCGAACCUCGAAUUGACAAUUUGAGAAUAAAAUAAGAGCUAUCAGUUCAAACCUCAUGUUUUCAUCAUUCAGUGCACUUUAGUGGUGGAGUUUUAUAUAAAGUGUUUAAAAUGAGAACAUUUUGAGAACAACAUAUCAUAUUUUUUUUUUGUAGCUAAACUUUAAAUUUUGAAAUAUCUUCAUAAAAUAUGUGGAAUUUGGUUGUCGUGGUAUUUAUUGUUGACGUAACGUUUUUACAAGUCUCCUGUCGAGAACAUCAAAAAAGUUCAAGUACCUUGAAUGAUAUUCAAUAUAGAAGAUAUCUUAACAAGGGAGCAUCCGUGGACUGUUUUGAUGCUUUUGAUGAAUGCAGAAAAGUAAAGGAGUGUCGGACAGCCUUGAGAGGGUUAAAUAAAAGAUGCAAGGUUGUUUCCGGACGUUGCAGUGCUGAAAUGGUUGAUCUUCCCAGAUGUGGACAAAUUAUGGAUCAUCUCUUUCAGUAUGGAUUCCCAGAAACAAGAUGCAAAUGUGAUCACAACUUGGGAAGAUGUUUCACAAUGUUGAAUAAGAUCUAUGCCAACCCAUGUUUUGCUGAUGCAAAAAAGCUGACAAUUUUGUCAAAAUCACCGACAUUUACGCCGAGAUACAAAGCUUCUAAUCUCAGUGAAAAUUCUUCCUCGAUCCCGACCUUCGGGCUUAAUACUGCUGACGAUGCAUCGAUCAGGCAUCUUCGAAAAAAUGACCUUUUCCCGCAAGAAAUAACUGCAUACGAUAAAGUUGGUGGUGUAGAAGCAACCACGUUUUUAGCGGAUGUCACAAACUCGGACCAACUGAACGGUCAGGAAACGGACAUGAAAGACGAACUUGACGCACUAAAAAGUUCUACCGAUGCUUCAUUUUAUGAAGAAAUUUUUGGAGACGAAGGAUUUGCCAAACCACCUCCUCCGCGAAAUAUUAUUUCCCCAGCGCCAUCGAAUACUGAGUUGGAUUCGGUUGAUAAGAAAAUGCUUGUGCCCCAAAGUUCACGAUUCGGCAUCAUAAAACACUCAAAUGACAUUAGCAGAGAAGAAGAAAUUACCCAAGAAGAACAAAAUGAAGAGUUUCCAUUGUCCCUCACAGAAGAUAAACACAAAGAUAUGACAAUGAAAAAGGACACAACUAAUUACAGACUCAUUGCCAUCAUCUUGGGAGCUUUACUUACAAUUUUCAUCGUUUCGUCAAUCAUUUUUCUCACGUGGACAAGGUUGCACGGAAAGGUUUUAUACAGCCCCGGUAAAAUUGUUAAGGAUCAUCGAAGAGAAGACGGAAUUCCAGACUCUAAAACAAACAACAACGAAAAAUUAUCAAAUUUGUACAAUGAUUCAAACGCAUAAUAAAUAUUGGAGUUCUUUUUCGAUACAAAAUAAAUGAAAGAAUGAGAAAUGGUAGCUCUACGACGAGAAAAGCGAAUAUUGAAUGCAAUAAAUCAAGUACUUAGUGGUGGAAUGGUCUCAGCAAGGGUCGGAAAACGUCAUCUUCACUGAAGAUAUGCAAAGCAUAGAAUUAUUAAGCUUAAUUCGCUGAAUAUUGUCCGAUCAGACACAUUUCAAGCAUUCAAUAAAUUAAAUAUAUAUCUAUGCUUAUAUUUUAUUUUGAAAAAAAAAAUUUUUUGGAUACAUAAGGGAAUGUUGAAAGAUAAUCAGGUAUUUUUUGAAUGCUGCGCUUAAAAUUAUAUUAAAAGGAUGAGUAUUUUUAACGAACUUAUUAAUACUGCGAAUACCUAUUUUAGUUAUCAAUUAUUUAUGAUAUUUUCUUUGUUACCAUCUGUGCAAUUUACUGUUAUUAUUUUGUUUCAAUAGUUUUUUUAUACCAAUACAAACUUCAAAUAAAGUGCUAUAUU